GACCGCCCGGCAGAACCGGCCCCGCCGGGGCCGCGGGCCGCUCGCCCUGCCCUCCGCACAUCGCAACUUUCCAGAGACAAAUGCAUGACCUGAACCAUGGCUCAGUUUUAUUAUAAACGGAAUGUGAAUGCCCCGUACCGAGAUCGGAUCCCUCUGCGGAUCGUUCGAGCGGAAUCGGAACUCUCACCCUCCGAGAAAGCCUACUUGAAUGCAGUGGAGAAGGGAGAUUAUGCAAGUGUCAAGAAAUCCCUCGAGGAAGCAGAGAUUUAUUUUAAAAUCAAUAUUAACUGCAUCGACCCUUUGGGAAGAACUGCCCUUCUCAUCGCCAUCGAAAACGAGAACCUGGAACUCAUCGAGCUGCUGUUACGGUUCAACGUGUACGUCGGCGACGCCCUGUUGCACGCCAUCCGCAAGGAGGUGGUCGGCGCGGUGGAGCUGCUGCUGAACCACAAGAAGCCCAGCGGGGAAAAACAGGUGCCUCCCAUACUCCUGGAUAAGCAGUUCUCUGAAUUCACUCCAGACAUCACGCCCAUUAUUCUGGCAGCCCAUACCAACAAUUACGAGAUAAUAAAGCUCCUAGUACAGAAAGGUGUGUCGGUGCCCCGGCCCCACGAGGUCCGUUGCAAUUGUGUUGAAUGUGUGUCCAGCUCCGAUGUGGACAGUCUCCGCCACUCCCGCUCCAGACUCAACAUCUACAAGGCUUUGGCGAGCCCUUCGCUCAUUGCGCUGUCCAGCGAAGACCCUUUCCUGACUGCCUUUCAGCUGAGCUGGGAGCUGCAGGAACUGAGCAAGGUGGAAAACGAAUUCAAGUCGGAGUAUGAGGAGCUGUCAAGGCAGUGCAAACAAUUUGCUAAGGACCUUCUGGAUCAGACACGGAGUUCCCGGGAACUGGAAAUUAUCCUUAAUUACCGAGAUGACAAUAGUCUGAUAGAAGAACAAAGUGGGAAUGAUCUUGCAAGAUUAAAAUUGGCUAUUAAGUACCGUCAAAAAGAGUUCGUUGCCCAGCCCAACUGUCAACAGCUGCUUGCCUCUCGCUGGUAUGACGAGUUCCCGGGUUGGCGGAGAAGACACUGGGCAGUGAAGAUGGUGACGUGUUUCAUAAUUGGACUGCUUUUUCCCGUCUUCUCCGUGUGCUACCUUAUAGCUCCUAAAAGCCCCCUUGGCCUGUUCAUCAGAAAGCCCUUUAUCAAGUUCAUCUGCCAUACAGCUUCCUAUUUGACUUUCUUGUUCCUGCUGCUGCUUGCCUCCCAGCACAUCGACAGGUCAGACUUGAACAGGCAAGGUCCGCCACCAACCAUCGUCGAGUGGAUGAUAUUACCGUGGGUCCUGGGUUUUAUAUGGGGAGAAAUUAAACAAAUGUGGGAUGGUGGACUCCAAGAUUACAUCCAUGAUUGGUGGAAUCUAAUGGAUUUUGUGAUGAACUCCUUGUAUUUAGCAACAAUCUCCUUGAAAAUUGUUGCAUUUGUAAAGUACAGUGCUCUCAAUCCACGGGAAUCCUGGGACAUGUGGCAUCCCACUCUGGUGGCAGAGGCAUUAUUCGCAAUCGCAAACAUCUUCAGCUCCCUGCGCCUGAUAUCACUGUUUACUGCAAAUUCUCACCUGGGACCUUUGCAGAUCUCUCUAGGAAGAAUGCUCCUGGAUAUUCUGAAGUUUCUCUUCAUAUAUUGCCUUGUGUUGCUAGCAUUCGCAAAUGGCCUAAAUCAAUUGUACUUCUAUUAUGAAGAAACAAAAGGGUUAAGCUGCAAAGGAAUAAGAUGUGAAAAACAGAACAAUGCAUUUUCAACGUUAUUUGAGACCUUGCAGUCCCUGUUUUGGUCAAUAUUUGGGCUCAUCAAUUUGUAUGUGACCAAUGUCAAAGCGCAGCAUGAAUUCACGGAGUUUGUUGGUGCCACCAUGUUUGGGACAUAUAAUGUCAUCUCUCUUGUUGUCCUACUCAACAUGCUAAUAGCUAUGAUGAAUAAUUCUUACCAACUUAUUGCUGACCACGCAGAUAUAGAAUGGAAAUUUGCUCGAACAAAGCUUUGGAUGAGUUACUUUGAAGAAGGAGGUACUCUGCCGACUCCCUUCAAUGUCAUCCCAAGCCCCAAGUCUCUCUGGUACCUGAUCAAGUGGAUAUGGACACACCUGUGCAAGAAAAAGAUGAGACGGAAGCCAGAAAGCUUUGGAACAAUAGGGAGGCGAGCUGCUGACAAUUUGCGGAGACAUCAUCAAUAUCAAGAAGUUAUGAGGAACCUGGUGAAAAGAUAUGUCGCUGCCAUGAUUCGAGAUGCUAAAACAGAAGAAGGCCUUACAGAAGAGAAUUUUAAGGAACUCAAACAAGACAUUUCUAGUUUCCGUUUUGAAGUCCUGGGGUUACUAAGAGGAAGCAAACUUGCCACAAUACAAGCCGCCAGCGCCGCCCAGGAGUCUUCCCGCUCGGCAGACUCAGACGAAAAGAGUGACAGCGAAGAAGAAGUUGCUCGCCAACAGGCUGAAGGAGGAGCCCCUGAGAGACAUACUCACCUGGAACCCCGAGCAUUAGCUGCGAGGGGUGACCUGAACAUUCCCGGUCUCAGUGAACAGUGUGUUUUAGUAGACCACAGAGAAAGGAGUACGGACACAGUGGCUCAGCAGGUAGGCAAGAGAGUGUGUUCCUUCAGGUCAGAGAAGGUGGUGGUCGAGGACACUGUCCCUAUCAUCCCAAAGGAGAAAUUCUCCAAGGAGGAGGACCCCAGGGCAGAGUAUGACGAGCCCCUCACAGAAGCCCAGGAGGACUAUGUGACCACGCGGUUGUGAUGCUUACAGGCGGCAGCGUUUCCCGUGCAUAUACAUAGUUUCCA